AUGUCUCCCUUAAUCUGCUUUUUCUUAAAUAGGUUUUGGUCCAUGCUGACAUUUUUGGCUCACAUUGUUAUAUACUUUAUAAUAGGAGUUGUGAUAGCUCAAAAAACAUUUCCAAAUAUAAAUUCUCGUGCUUUUUUUUACAUUGUAACAGUCUACCUUUCACUGAAUCUUGUAAGGUUUUUAGUUAUUUUGACAUUGAGUCCUUUUUUGAGUCGACUUGGCUAUGGAUUUAAUUGGCGUUGGGGAGCUAUUAUUGUUUGGAGUGGAAUGAGAGGCACUUUUACUUUGAACAUGGCUCUUCAAAUUAGCCAGACACAGAGUGAGACUCCAGCUGAGGCUAGCAUUAAGACCCAGAUAUUAAUGCAUUCUGGAACUGCAUCACUGUUAACCUUGAUUAUUAAUUCAACCACUGUGAAGACGCUGGUUGUAACCUUAGGGCUUUGUAAUAUCACUCUUCCAAAGCGUAUGGCAAUGUUUAAUGCUGUUCAACGUAUUAGAAAAAUAGAGGCCAACACUUUUGCAAUGCUAAAACUUGAUCGGUUUUUGGCUGAUGCAAACUGGACAAUGGCAGAAAAAGCAAUCAAAAUAGAUUAUCCUUAUAGAGUAAAAGAAGUUAAUCAAUUGAUCAGAUUACUUAGAUGUCCAGAAUGCAAUGCAGAUAUUACAUUUGAGAGAGAUCCUGAGCAAAUUGCUGAAAUAUUUGAGGAAGCCAGGUUACGUCUCUUAACUGCACAGAUAGCUAGUUAUCAGAAGCAAUAUAACAGUGGAAUGCUGAACCAAGAUGCUGCCCAAAUAUUAAUAGGUGCGGCAGAAAGCUAUGUCGAUAUUAAAGGAAAGUUUAUGAAUAUUCAUGAAGUAAAAACCUAUUGGGAAAGCAAAGGCAUAUUGGUCACAAUUAAGAACUGGCUAACUGAAUGGGUUCACUCUGUGAAAGAGGAAAGCUUUAAGCCAUCAAAAAACAGGCUUAUGAAAACAUGCUACCAAUUAGUGAUAAUGGAGGAGUUUGAAUAUAUAUGUUGUGUGGUAACCCUUUUGAACUGUUUUCCAAUUGCUCUUUACUUUCUACUUUCUACCAAUACACCAUAUUUUCCACAACUAAAAUUGUGCAACUACUAUUUUCUGACUUUGUACAUACUGGAAGCUAUACUGAAGAUUUCUGCAGUGGGGAGGAACUACUUCCGACAUCAUUGGAACCAGUUUGAUAUACUAAUCAUAAUCAUUGGAAUUAUAGAUGUUGUAAUUAUCAAUAUCAUUAGAUCAAUUAGCCCAACGUAUGCUAUAAUUUAUGUUAUCAGGAUAUUACGGUUUCUUCGUGUUGUAAGAGUUCUGCGUCUUUUAAAGGUAAUGAUACCCAAAAUUAUUUUCUUGUUGAAUAAACAAAUAAAUAAACAACUCACUUUUCGUUAUGAUAUUGCCAAAGGAUAUGUUCAAGGGGAAGAAGAUAUAAAAUGUUUAAUUGGACAGAUUGCUGGCCAUGAGAAAGUUUAUAUUGCAGUUAGCAAAAUUUUGGAAAAUAACAAACAAGAAGCCAUGAAAGAGUUAGGAUUAAUGCAGCGUGACUAUCCAGAUAUUGUCAUUGCUGUGAAAACCAGACAAGCAGUUCAGACGGUGCUAAAUACAGCUUUUGAAACUCUUAAAUUUAUGAUAUCAGGAGGAAUUGUGGAUAAAAAUGAAGGAAAUGAAUUAUAUAAGAUGAUUCUGUUAAGAAAACAUCAACUUGGAAAACUGCCCCCUACAAUUGCCCCACCUACUGCACAUGACCUCCUAUGCAAUAUUGUGUGGCUUCAUGGUAAUAAAAAACAGAUAGAAUACAUUCAGAAAAAAGCAAAAAUUCAUUAUUAUGAUUAUGGAGAUAGCAUAUGUGAAGAAGGUGAUAUGCCACAAGGAAUCCAUUUAAUUGUAUCAGGAAUGAUUAAGCUUUCUGGUACAGCCCCUUCUUAUGGAGUUUCUAAAGAAAUUAAAGAUACUCUGAAAGACGUUGACAAAAAUAUUCCCAGAAGAAUUCAUAAACCUGUUACCUCUCACUACACAGAUUACUUUGUGACUGGAGCUAUGAUAGGGGAGCUCAAUUGCUUAACUAAGCAAGAAAUGGAAUUUGGAAUUAUUUGUGAAACUGCUGUGCAGACGUGUUUCAUCUCUAUUAAUGACUUGUUUGAAGCUUUUGAUACAUUUUUGGACCCACCCUCCCUGGAAUAUAAAAUAUGGUUAAAAAUUGCUCUUGAUGUUGCUCUUAAAACCUUUAAAGAAAGUCUUCCAAAUCUGGAUUGGUCAUACAAAAUGUGUGUGCAGUUUUCUAAUACAUAUGUUGUGGAUGUACCAAAUCACACUAAAUGUGAUAUUUAUGACGAAGCUAUGGAUGAGGUAAUUCUUGUACAUGGAACUGUGCAGGAUUGUCAGUCUGGGGAGCCUUAUUGGGCACCAUACAUUUUACCUAAAACCUGCCACCAGGUACAAGGUACUUCAACCUCAACAAAAUUAUUAAUUAUACGAACUGAAGAAACAGUAGAGCGGAAGAGCACAGAAACAACUCUUAGUAUAUGCCAGUAUCACUCAAGACAGAGAUUUGGUGAGGAGGAACUUAAAAUCCUUGGUAUCAGAGAAUUUAAUUGA